AUGAAAAAGAACGAGCAGAAAAAGACGAAAACGAUGUUAUUGCGGGAACUAAAAAGCACGAAACACGACGUGAACGCCAUUGGGAAAGCGAAUUGCCGCACUAGAGGAAGCGCCAUGCAGCAACGCAGCCCCUUCCGCGAAGUUCAUGGAAAGAUGAGCAGGCGUCUGCUUUGCCUGGAGUGCAUGCGCACCGUCGACCUGUGCGUGGGAGCCCCGGCGGUGCCGUGCACCGCUUCCCGUGGUCAGAUGAACUCGUUUAGCCGGAAGGUAUUUGGCGAGCCGCUCUGGGAGGAGUGCCAGCCAGAGCGCUACACCAACCCCGGGGGUGGGGCUCGGUCUCGGCUUCAAGUUCAGCUGCUUCGGAGCGAAGGAAUUUUCGGAAGGACGGGUGGCGCGAGCGCUUGCUGCCGCCUGUGGGUCGAAGAUGGCGGCUCAAAGGCGGCCCCGCCAGUUGUUCGGAAAUGGAGAGCCAACUCUAGCAUCGUGUUCCUUGUGGAACUGGACGAUCCGUCCUCCAGCAGUCUGGUUCUCGAGCUGUGGGCGGGGGACCCGGCUGACGUGCGGAACACUCCGAAGACGCUGCAUCGAUCCUUUGGACUCUUUGUUCUGUCACUGGGACACAGCGUGAUCGGCUACUUUAAACCCGCUAGAAAAGAGCUUCUCGGUCGAAUAGAAAAGCGUCUUCAAGAUAUAUCCCUUUCCGGCUCGGAAGAAUGGCAUCUCCUACGCGACUCGGUUGGCGCUGUCCUCGCGAACAGAGUCCAGCUUUCUGUCAAAGUCCGGGUUGGCGUAGCCGCCAAUUUCAGCGUGCUGCACAGCAUACGGAAUCACUACGCACUCAGUUACGCCUUCCUGGAGUACAGAGUCGAACACUCGGCCGAGAGCGACGUUUCCGAGUGGACAAGCUGGCUCCACUGCGUGGGCAGGGAAGCCUUCAGCCUCCUUCGUCACCAUGCCACGCAGAACAACAUCGAAGACACGGAGGCCAACUACUGUCACCUGCUCGCCUUGACGGAGCACCGGAUCAGGGUCAACACUCAGAUCAGCUUUGCCGUGAUGCUCCCGCUGUUGAAAGAACUGCAGCUCCAGCUUGUCGGGAAAAAACGCGCCUUCGUAGCUGAUGCUUUGGAACUACUGCUUCGAGGACUGUCGGAUCACAUUAACGUCCAGCUUGCGAACCUGCAUGACCAGUUUUACUUGCAGUAUGAGCGACACGUCAUGGACCUGUCUGCGGCGCUCUCAAUCUGCGGGUUGAUUCAGCUGACCGGACACGUGCGGGCAGUCGAUUCUGCUCGAGACGCCCUGCGGAAGAACGAAGACAGGUGGUACGCGAGCCUCUCCGAAGACUGGGACAAAAACACGGCCCUCGUCAACCUAGCGUCCACCUUGAACAAGAUCCGAGACCACCAAACGAAAGCAAAUGAAAUCUUUUUGCGAGUUUGGAACGAGACAUACACCAACAUCGUAAUUAAUCAGCUCGACGACUUCUUUGUCGAGAACAUUCGUCCUCGUGUUGAACGCCUUGUCGCAGACGUCAAAACCGCUCACGGCAAAAAUGAGGAUCAAAUAGUGGCGACUUCCAAAGACACCUUUACGGUGGUAAGCAACUUCCUUCGUCAUAUCAUUCCACUGGCUAAGAAUAACGAAGAUGUCGAAAUGAAUAAGUAUCGCGAAUGGUUUGGUGUGGAAGUGGUCGAACGCUGGUUCUGUCUAGCCUCUCGCGCGAACCACAGCGUCCUGGGGUUCGUAGCCGAAGACGACCUGCUUCCUACGAACGUUAACGUCAAGUACAGCUCGUCGUUUGCUCGAACCGUGGACGCGAUCAACGAAAACGUCGUCUCCCUGUGGCUGCAGCUCGACUGGCCUGUGCAGGAAUGCGCCAGCUUCUUCGUCGAAAGCGUCCACAAAUGGACUUGGCUGUAUGCGAUAACGAUCCAGGAGAAGGUUCGAAUGGAGCCCGUCCACGGGAUGGUCAGCCUACCAGCCAGGUUGUGCGUAGCCAUCAACGACCUGACAGCCACAGUGACGUACAUUAAUGGGGUUCGCUCCAACAUUGUCGAGACCUUUGCCGCCUCGUCGCAGACGUUGGAGGCGUUCCACAAGGUCGACGCGAAACUUGAACGAGCGAUACAACAGGUAAACGUGUCCAAGAACCACGUCCAAGACAUAGCCGUCCUGGGAGUGCUGCCGCACAUCGAACAGCGACUGGAAAGCAUCUUGUACGCAUCGUCCACAGUGGCUCAAGAAAAAGGCAUGGAACUCAUGCUGAAGCAAGUGACUGCUUGCCUGACAAUGCUCCGAGGGAAUUUGGAGACCGACGCUUUCGAUGCAAUACUCCGAUCCUUCUGGGACAAACUCACAGCGCUGCUAGUGCGGCUGAUCAACAGGCUGAAGACGUGGACACAGCUCGAUCCGAGAGCGCGGUCGAGGCCCUACCUUGGAAUGUCGCUGGCCAUACAACAGCUUGCAAGCAGUUUCGCGAUUAAUGGAUGCGGCCUUCCGCUGCGGGAUAUUGCGGCCGACGUUGCUGAGCACCAGCGGGACCUCAGGCAAGCUUUUCAAGUACCUGGUGACGCCGGUGACGCUUAGGCUGAGAAAUCUGCUCCCCCUUCUCCAUGGCCGCGUCUCUGUUAAAGCGCCCGACCGCGGUGCUGUUGUUCAAAUACCGUUCAGAUUAAAACCUCUUUGUGC